ACCGAUAGGUUUUCCCGAAUGCAAAAACCGGGUUUUCAUCUGGAGAGAGAGAGAGAAAGUGAAAGAGAGAAGCAGAAAUGUGCGUGUGAAGCAGUACAGCGCUUGUCAAGACCCAAGGAUGAAAUGUUGAGCCGAGGAUGUCUACUGCAGCCGGACUGGAAACAGGUCGUAUCGGGUGAUAGACCCACACUCGGCGAGCUCCUGACCCUGACCGCGUCUUCAAAGAGCCACUCUGCGGAACUGAGCUGUUGGCUAAUUUGUCUGGCAGUGUUCGAGGGAGCUUGAUCUAUAAAAGCCAUGUAAUAUUUCAAAUACAAGGCAGGAAUGAAAGACGGGUAGAUGGUAAAACCUCUUGCAGCCUACAGCUCAUCGGGGUCAGGUGAUCUGUGUCUGAAACCAGCGCACAGUCUUCCUGCGAGGCGGAGAAAGUUCCCGUUUCGGAUGAGAGAGCUGGGCAGCAGGCGAACGCCUCCACCUUCCGGGCACGAACCCUGUCAGCGGAUCGCCAAAGGAUUCGUGCGCUCGGUUCUCCGAGUCCUUCGGCUGGGCUCAGCGAGAAGAACCGAGCGCCCGGACUCGGCGAAACAACCCGGGAUUGAUCCUCAGAGCACGGGGGAUGAAAGCGGAGACUCCCCCAGAGACGAAUGCGGAAUGAAGUCUGACCAGCUGGACUGGCUCCUUACAUUCCUGCUUCUCCUCCAGCAGACCUCUGUUUCCAGACCAGAGAGGUUCCAGGUUGUGGGUCCUGCUGCUCCCGUUGUGGUGUCCCCUGGUGAAGACGCAGUCCUGCCCUGUUCCCUCUCGCCCAGCGUCAGCGCUGAGGGCCUGGAGGUCAGGUGGUUUCGGGAGGAUUACGAUUCCCCUGUGUGUUUAUUCCAGUACGGCAGCUACAACGUGGAAGGGCAGAACCUGAACUACAGUGGAAGGGCUGAGCUGUUCCUGCAGGAGCUCCCCAGGGGCAACGUGUCUCUCAGGCUGAGUGGCGUGCGGGAGUCUGACAGGGGGUGGUACAAAUGCUUGGUGCAGUCAUCGGAACAUUAUGAAGACGUUCUCAUAGACCUGGCUCUUACCUCCCUGGGCUCCCAGCCCUCAGUGUCUCUCCACUCCCCUGGAGGAGGUCAGACCCAGCUGCUGUGCAGGUCAGAGGGCUGGUUCCCUGCACCUGCAGUGAUCUGGACAGACAGGGAUGGACAUGAUGUGACCUCACUGUCCAGCAGCACAGUGGAGAAGGACAGUCAAGGGCUCCUUAAUGUCAGCAGCUACAUCCUAGUCCAGCAGGAGUCCAACAUCUUCUCCUGUCUGGUCAGAAGCUCUCAACCUGGACCAGACUGGGGAUCUCAGCUCCACAUACCCAGAGACUUUUUCCCUGGACCCUCAGGAUGGAUGGUGGCUCUCUGUGUAACAGCAGCUGUGGCUGCAGCAGCGUCAGCACUUCUGGUGAUCCAGUGGAGGAGAAUGGACAAGGAGGAGUCACUGUGGGAAUCUGAGAUAUAUUACAUUAAUGUAAUAAAUGCUAUUCCCGUCAUUUUGAAAGAGCUGGAUGCUGUGAAGCAAGCUCCUAUCCCUAAAUCACAGUGGCAGUGGCUGUGCAGUGCUGCAGGUGAAGGCUGCCCUAUUCCAGACCUGCAGUGGCAGUGGCUGUGCAGUGCUGCAGCUGAUUUGAGUCUGGACCCUGACACGGCGAACCCCCGCCUCUCCCUGUCCGAGGACGGGAAGAGGGUGAGACGGGGAGAGAAGCAGGAUCUCCCGGACAACCCGGAGAGAUUCGACUGCUGGCGCUGUGUCCUGAGCCGGGAGGGGCUCUCCUCCGGGAGACGCUACUGGGAGGUGGAGAUGAGUGAUGAGUGGAGACUGGGCGUGAUCCGAGAGUCCGCGCAGAGGAAAGGAGGGGUCAGCGUCCUUCCCCAGGAGGGGUACUGGUGUCUGGACUGGGAUUAUCCCCGCCUCUCUGCUCUCACUGCCCCUAAGCUGCGUCUCCCCCUCACUGUGCAGCCCAGGACAGUGGGGGUGUGUGUGGAUAUCGAGGAGAGGAAGGUCUCCUUUUACGCAGUGGAGUCCAGGACUCACAUCUUCACGUUCACUGACAUGGAGUUCAGUCAGGGGGAGAAGAUCUAUGCUCUCUUCUGCACCUGGGAUUCAGAGAAAGACCUAGUGCUGCUGCCUCCUGCCCGUGUCUGACUGCACUCGUAGCUCCCUGAACGAGUGGCUUAUCAUCCAUCUAGCCCUCCUUCCGUUUACAUGUUCAUGGCCGCACGGAAGCCCGAGCCCAGCGGUGUCAGGUAGAGUACACCUACUGGAUGGGACACCAGUCCAUUUCAGGGCACACACACACACCAGGGCCACUUCUCCCAGAAGACAAUUAAUCUACCAGCACUCUGUUUCACCCGGAGGAAAUCUACUGGGAGGAACAUUCAAACUCCACGCAGAUAGCACCCCAGGUCCAGAAUGGAACCCGGACCUGACAGCUGUGCCUCAAUUCUGCGCUGAUUUAACAUCAACAUUAUUUAUGACAACAGUAGUGCAACACUUAGUUAUAAUAAGCACCUGUAUUCUUACCAUGAAACAAUACAAUAAGCAGAGUCAGUACAGUUGUCAUUUCCAAUCAGUGCAGUGUAACUUGUUCUCUGUGCUGCAGUCUCUGUCGAGUUCUGCCCUGUAUUCAUCUCUCUCUGAUUUGUACUUUAGAAACUGAGACUUUUAUCAUCAUUACAAAAGGGUGGACAUCUAUAGAAUUCAAUGAGCGUGUAUUAAAACAGCAAAAGGGAGUAUAUUCUCAAUAUAUUCUAUAAAAGGGAAUAUAUUCUAAAAAACGCAGAGACCUCUUUGCUUCUCUCUCAAUCUCAUAAUUCAUUGGCCGAAGAGCUCAAUUACAUUAUGGCUAAAUCAUAGCAAUAUUAAGCAAUUAUAAAAACACCAUGAUCCCUCAAAGGUGAUAUUAAACUUUUGUGCUGAAUCACAGUGCAUCACUGGUCCUGUGAAGGCUGAUCAAAACUCACUCACACCAGUUGCACUUUUCCCAGAAGCCAACCAACCCACCAGCAUGUCUUUGGCCUGCAGCAGGAACCCUGUGAUAACAUACAGACUCCACACAGACAGUCCAAUAGGACUUGAAGCCAGGACUCCGGAGCCGAGAGGCAGCAAUGCUCACCACAGCUGUAAAUCAAGCAAAUCAAGCGAAAUGGAUCUCGGCCCCUGUGGAUGGACAGGAUGUUUUCAGCUGAAGUGUUUUGUUUUAAAAGAUACAGCCAAUAGCUGACCAAAGAACUGAGAUGCUGAAAUAUUACACCUGUUCGUACGUGUUUUGGAUAUUUGUUCAAAGGUUUAGCAGUAAAGUUUUUUUCUUUCAAAAUG